AUGCUCGCAGAAUUAUUUCAAGAUGCUGAAGCCAAUGAAGCCUACACCUAUGCUGAAAUCAGACAGUCAGCAUUAAGAUUUGGAGCUGGUCUCAGAUCCCAACUCAAAUGGCAAAAAGGGGAUGUCCUCGCUGUAUUCGCUGCUAAUAGUAUUGAGUGGCCAGCAGUCGUACUUGGUGCUUUAUGGGCAGGAGGGGUUGUCUCACCUGCCAACCCAGGAUAUACAGCAAAAGAGUUUGCCCAGCAAUUAACAGACAAUGAUGCUCGUGCAAUCAUAACUCAAUAUCAUCUUCUGAAAACAGUUCAGCAAGCACUCGACCUUGCCAAAAUGACAGGCACUCCGAUUAUUCUCAUUGAUCAACCAAGGAAAUCGACGGAAAAGAUCCCACAUUUUAGAAAUGUUCAUGGCGUGAAUUCCAGCUCUGUUCGUACAGGUGCGAAGAUCGAUCCAAAGACAGAUCUAGCAUUCCUGGUCUAUUCCUCAGGAACCACUGGAAAGCCAAAAGGCGUCAAGCUCUCACAUUACAACGUAACUUCGAAUAUUAGCCAGCUUCAACCCAGGGACCAAGAAUACUUGACAUGGGACGGCUCUAGAACAUGCAAUGGGAUACCUCUCCCUAAGCUUGGAGCUGGCGGUGACAGAGUUUUAGCCUGUGUACCAUUUUUCCACAUUUUGGGGUUGACAAAAACUGUGAUCAACUCACUGUACACUGGUUCAACAACCAUCGUCUUGACGAAAUUCAACAUUGAAAAAUGGUGCAAAAUCGUACAAGAAGAAUCAAUAACGUUUUCGUACAUUGUGCCCCCAAUUGUGUUGCUUCUAUGCAAACACCCAGCCGUUUCUAAAUACGACUUGUCGAGUAUUCGUAUGGCCAACUCUGGUGCGGCAACAUUGUCCCCUGAACUCGUCAAUGCUUGCUUUAAACGCACUGGUAUAAGGCUGAAACAGGGUUAUGGGAUGACAGAAACAUGUCCAACAGUCUUCAAUCAAACGUGGGAUAAAUGGGAUCAACCUAUUGGAAGUACGGGCCAGCUUUUACCUAAUGUCGAGGCUAAGAUCUGUGAACUUUCUGACGAGAAUUCUGGCUCUACAAUCGGAGGAUCAAAUGAACCACGGAUCUUACAGCAAGGAGAGACGGGAGAAUUGUAUGUGCGUGGCCCGAAUGUCUUUCUGGGAUAUCAUAACAAUCCGGCGGCAACAGAGGCCUCGUUAUCAACGGAUGGCUGGUAUCGUACCGGCGAUGUUGGCUUUGUUGACAAAGAAGGAAAUCUAUUCAUUACGGACAGGGUGAAGGAACUUAUCAAAUACAAGGGGUUUCAAGUGGCACCGGCGGAGUUGGAGGGAUAUCUACUGGAGCAUCAUCAAAUCGCUGACUGUGCUGUCGUGGGGGUUCAGUCGGAUGAUGCAGGUACCGAGGUUCCAAGAGCCUACGUUGUCAGAAAAGACAUUUCCAGCGAUCAAAUUUCUGAUAACGAUACAAAGGCUCUUCUUCAGUGGUUCAAUAGUCGUGUUGCGAACCAUAAGAAACUUCGCGGUGGAAUAGUAUUCGUGGACGAAAUACCUAGAAGCACUAGUGGUAAGACCUUGAGGAAAGUCCUAAAGGAAUGGGUGCAACGUGAACGGGAUACAUCUGAAAUGAAAGUGCGGGCUAGACUGUAG